CGUUGUUACCAGGGAAACGGCACACAGGACUGGGAGGCGUUGGGACGCAGUCAUGCUAACACGCUAGCUAGCUCGCUAGCUUCCAGCUGGAGAACCAGCGGCUGUUAUUAAAUAUUAAAAAUGAUGGUCCGUCCGCGUCACACAGUAACAGUUUAGAGCGCGACCUUUGGUCCCGCUGCGCGCGCACACAGCCUCUUCUCUGCCCGUCCGUCUGUUAGCUGUUAGCAUGUAGCAUGGCAGCAGCGGUGUCCGGAGGCUAACGAAGCUAACAAGGCAGCUAAUGAUUAGCUUGUCGCGCUAAUCUGAAUAUUACCCGGAUAAUCAGCCCGUUAGUACGGAGCUAACUGCCGGGUUAGCACGGGAUGGAUGUGAGUUAACAGUCUGACCCGGGUCUGUGAGACGAGCCGAGCCGUGCCGAGCCGGGUCAGGAGGCCCGUUAAGCAGGAUGGAUGUGUGCAGUAAGAACCGUACGGCGCCCCUCAAUGCCGACGGCCCCCAGCGAGCCAACGUGCCGCUCUGCUCUCGAACCAACGGCUGGAGCUGGCCGCCUCACCCCUUCCAGCUGCUCGCCUGGCUGCUCUACGUCUACUUCGCCGUCACCGGCUUCGGCGUGUUCGUGCCGCUGCUGCCUGCUCACUGGAUCCCUGCCGGCUACAUCUGUACGGGCGUGCUGUUCGUGUGCCACCUGUGUGUGCACGUGAUGGCCGUGUCCAUCGACCCGGCCGACUACAACGUCAGAACCAGGAGCCACAAAGGUCCGGUGCCCGAGUUCGACCGCUCCAAACACGCUCACGUCAUCGAGAACUGCCACUGCUACCUCUGCCAGGUGGACGUCGGUCCGAAGUCGAAGCACUGCAGCGCCUGUAACAAGUGUAUCUCUGACUUCGACCAUCACUGCCGCUGGCUCAACAACUGUGUGGGCAGCAGGAACUACAGGCUGUUCCUCCACAGCGUGCUGUCUGCUCUGCUCGGCGUCUGUGUACUUCUGGUCCUUUCCUUCUACGUCUUCAUCCAGUUCUUUCUGGACCCGUCCAAACUCCGCACUGACAGACACUUCCUGGUGAGGAACGAUACGUCCGUGUGGCUGGUGUUCCUGCCUCUGGCUCCGGUGGGCUCGGCGGCCCCGGUGAUUCCUGCCCUGGCUGCCGUCACCAUGGCUCUGGCUCUGCUGUCCCUGGUGCUGCUCUGCCACCUGCUCUGCUUCCACAUCUACCUGAUGUGGAACAGACUCAGUACCUUUGAGUACAUUGUGCGACAGCGUCACCGUCAGGACGGCAGAGACUCGAGGACCCCAGGAUCAGUGACGGAGACGGGGGCCCCCCCACUACACCUCGUCAAGGACGGGAACUACUCCGAGACUCUGGGUUACACCAACUCUCAGCUGGACCUGGAGGAACGUACCACUGUGGCUGUGCGGGGGGAGGCAGAAUUCCUGGCUAACGGCAGAGUGAGGACCGUGUCUAGUCCUGUCAUGGAGGAAGAAGCUCCGCCCCUGACGUCUACAGAGCUACACACAGCAGCACACACACACCGUCGCACACAGGUAACACACACACACACAGACACACACACACACACACACACACACACACCGUCGCACACAGGUAACACAGACACACACAGACUCUGACCCAGGUAACAUCCA